AUGGGACCCGUGCGCGCUCUUGUGAGUGCGCUGCAGAUCGUCUCAUUGGUCCAGGCGGUGAUGGGGGCAGGACAUUGCGACUCGGUCUUUCGUGGUUUCUCGGAUUGUUUGCUGAAACUUGGGGACAACAUGGCAAAUUACCCACAAGACCUGGACGACCGGCAGAACCUGGACCGGAUCUGCAGGUACUGGGAUAACUUCCAUUCAUGUGCAGCCACUGCUCUCACAGACUGCCAGCAGGGGGCAGAGGAGAUGUCUCAGAUGUGGGAGAAGCUGAAGACCGAGUCGCGGAACCUGGACUUCCGCGGAAGUCUGUUUGAACUGUGCGGAAGCAACAACGCCAGCGUGCGCCGGGGCCACAGCGCGCUGCUGCUGACCGCGGCAGCGUCCACUCUGCUGCUGCUGCUGCUGUGA